AUGAGCCCCUACGUCAUUAUAAUCCUAUUAUCAAGCUUAGGACUAGGCACAACCCUAACCUUUAUAAGCUCCCACUGAUUACUAGCCUGAAUAGGACUAGAAAUCAACACAUUAGCAAUCCUCCCCCUAAUAGCCCAACACCACCACCCACGAGCAGUAGAAGCAACAACCAAAUACUUCCUAGCACAAGCAGCAGCAGCAGCCACAAUCCUAUUCGCCAGCACCAUAAACGCUUGAAAUACAGGAGAAUGAAACAUCUCAUGCCUAACAGACCAAACCGCCGUCACACUAACCACUAUAGCAUUAGCACUAAAAGUAGGCCUAGCCCCAAUACAUUUCUGAAUACCACCCGUAAUACAAGGACUAGACCUCACAACAGGCCUAAUUAUAGCCACCUGACAAAAACUAGCACCAUUCUCCCUAAUCAUUCAAAUAGCCCCACUAGCACAUCCACAACUACUAACCACCCUAGGCCUGGCAUCCGUAUUUAUCGGGGGCUGAGCAGGACUCAAUCAAACCCAGCUACGAAAAAUUAUAGCCUACUCAUCCAUCGCACACCUAGGAUGAAUAAUUACCAUUACACAAUUCAAACCAGAAUUAACAAUUCUCACACUAAUUAUAUAUAUCAUCAUAACCUCAGCAACCUUCCUAACAUUCAAACUAAUAGGAGCAACAAAAAUCAAUACACUAGCAAUAAACUGACCAAAAACCCCAAUCAUCACAGCAACCACUGCCCUAACACUACUAUCCCUUGGAGGACUACCCCCACUAACAGGAUUUAUACCGAAAUGACUAAUCUUACAAGAACUCACAACACAAAACUUACCACUCACCGCAACAAUUAUAGCCCUCAGCGCCCUACUAAGCCUAUAUUUCUAUCUACGACUAUGCUACGCAAUAACCCUGACAAUCUCACCAAAUACAAACAACUCAUCAACCCCCUGACGACUACAAAAUAACCAAAAUACCAUCCUCUUGGCAAUAUUCAUAACCGCCACACUCCUACUGCUACCGCUCACACCACUAGUUCAAGCACUAGUCAACU